GACUGUUGGGAAGGCAUGGAAACCGCGGCCCGUGCCCUUGAAUCUCACUGGGAGACCUGCUUGUGCCAGGGGCCAGCACUAGCGAUGUCGGGAGGGUCUCCUCCACCCUGUGGGGCUGGGGGCUGCCUUGUGGCUUCCUGCCCCUCCCCUGCAAGGGGGAUUGGUAAGCUGAGUUUGGAGGAGAGAUGGUUCUGAUGUGUUCUCUGCCCUUGAGAGCAGUCAAGUGGGAGUUAGCAUUCUCGGAGCCGCCGCCAUGGCGCAGACCUUGCAGAUGGAGAUCCCGAACUUCGGCAACAGUAUCCUCGAGUGCCUCAACGAGCAGCGGCUACAGGGCCUUUACUGUGACGUGUCCGUGGUGGUCAAGGGCCACGCCUUCAAGGCCCACCGGGCCGUGCUGGCCGCCAGCAGCUCCUACUUCCGGGACCUGUUCAACAGCAGCCGCAGCGCCGUGGUGGAGCUGCCGGCGGCCGUGCAGCCACAGUCCUUCCAGCAGAUCCUCAGCUUCUGCUACACGGGCCGGCUGAGCAUGAACGUGGGCGACCAGUUCCUGCUCAUGUACACGGCCGGCUUCCUGCAGAUCCAGGAGAUCAUGGAGAAGGGCACCGAGUUCUUCCUCAAGGUGAGCUCCCCGAGCUGCGACUCCCAGGGCCUCCACGCCGAGGAGGCCCCGUGGUCCGAGCCCCAGAGCCCCGUGGCGCAGACGUCGGGCUGGCCAGCCUGCGGCACCCCGCUGCCACUCGUGUCUCGGGUCAAGACGGAGCAGCAGGAGUCGGACUCUGUGCAGUGCACGCCUGUGGCCAAGCGGCUGUGGGACAGCAGCCAGAAGGAGGCCGGGGGCAGCGGCAACGGCAGCCGCAAAAUGGCCAAGUUCUCCACGCCGGACCUGGCCGCCAACCGGCCGCACCAGCAGGCCCCAGUGGUGGCAGCGGCCCAGCCUGCUGGGGUGGCAGCCGCGGUGGCGGCAGCAGCAGCAGGGGCUGGGGCUGGGGCUGGGGCUGGGGCCGGGGCCGGGGCUGGGCAGCCAGCCAGUGGGGCAGCAGGGGCCGUGGUCAGCGGGCCCAGCACAUCGGAGCGGACCAGCCCGGGCACCUCGAGUGCCUACACCAGCGACAGCCCUGGUUCCUACCACAACGAGGAGGACGAGGAGGAGGACGGGGGCGAGGAGGGGACAGACGAGCAGUACCGGCAGAUCUGCAACAUGUAUACCAUGUACAGCAUGAUGAAUGUCGGCCAGACAGCCGAGAAGGUGGAGGCCCUGCCCGAGCAGGUGGCCCCUGAGUCCCGGAAUCGGAUCCGGGUGCGGCAGGACCUGGCAUCUCUCCCCACUGAGCUCAUCAACCAGAUCGGCAACCGCUGUCACCCCAAGCUCUACGAUGAGGGGGACCCCUCUGAGAAGCUAGAGCUGGUGACAGGCACCAACGUGUACAUCACACGGGCGCAGCUCAUGAACUGCCACGUCAGCGCGGGCACGCGGCACAAGGUCCUGCUGCGGCGGCUCCUGGCCUCCUUCUUUGACCGGAACACACUGGCCAACAGCUGCGGCACCGGCAUCCGCUCUUCCAGCAACAACCCCAGCCGCAAGCCGCUGGACAGUCGCGUGCUCCACGCCGUCAAGUACUACUGCCAGAACUUCGCCCCCAACUUCAAGGAGAGCGAGAUGAACGCCAUCGCGGCCGACAUGUGCACCAACGCCCGCCGCGUCGUGCGCAAGAGCUGGAUGCCCAAGCUCAAGGUGCUCAAGGCGGAGGGCGACGCCUACACCGCCUUCAUCAGCGAGACGGGCAAGAUAGAGCCGGACAUGAUGGGCGUGGAGCACGGCUUCGAGACGGCCGGCCACGAGGGCGAGGCGGGCCCCUCGGCCGAGGGCCUGCAGUAACCGCCCGCCCUCCCACCCCGGCGCACACUCCCCUCCCGUCACACCCCCGCCCGCCAUCUUGGUCACGAGCUACUGUCUGUCCCUCCCCAGGACCCGCGGGGGGUGCUGCAUGCUCCCAGCCCCUCUGCCUCCCCUCUCCUCCCCCCUCCCCCCAACACGAGCCAGGCCAGGAGAGGACAGAGGACCCGCAGGGCAGGGCAGGUGGCCAAGGUCCGUGCGCCUUCUUUCACACACUCUGCACACUUGAGCUCUGACUCCUCCCCUCACCCCUCACAAUGAUGCCCCCACACCCAGGCCCGCCAUGGGGAGGGGGCCGGCCUGGGGGGCUCAGGAAGGGCCCCUCCCCAGGCCCUAGGCUGCCCCGCGGAAGCAUUCCUCAGCCUCCGUCCUCACUGCAGCCCCUUGGGACUUGAGGGGUCCCCCAGGGGUUCUCAGGACCCCUCCUGCCACCUCCCAGUGCUUCCACAUCUCCAAAAGCGCCUUCCUGUCACCCUCGUCUGUCCCUGCGCCUGGGGGCUAGGGUAGGCGAGGCUGUGGGGACUGCCCAUUUUACAGCUGGGGAAACUGAGGCUCAGAGAAAUUGCACAACUGAUCUAAGGCAGCGGGCCCAGUGCCCUUUCUCCUCUCCCUGCCUCUGUUGCCCCCUGUGGGUCCCCUGGGGCCUUAGAGAGGCAAGUCCUAAGGGAGGGGGUCCACUGGGGGCAGACGGAGGGUUUCAGAGGCUGGGGGAGGGUCGCAGGGCUGGCAGAGCGUGUGUGCGUGUGCAUGUGUGCGUUUGUGUGUAUAGAAGUUUUGCUUUCAGACAAAUGAAGAUUUAAGAGGCAGUAGGACCAGGGUUGGAACCCAGGGGAGCAGGUUGGGGGCCCCUUCCCUCCAUUCCCCCCACCCCACCCUGCCCCACGGCAGGGCUCCAGGCCCCCCACCCCUGUACAUAAUUUUUAAAACCUUUUUUUAGCGAAUGAACUAUUGAAGUAUAAGAUUCCUUUUAUUUUUCAAAACCAAUGGGACUGUGUCUGAUGUCCCCCUCGGCCCGGGGCCGUGGAAGGCAGGCUGGGGCGGGGAGCGGGGGCAGGCUGAAUGUGUGCGCAUGUGUGGGAGCGUGUUUCUGUGGCGGCGCCCCAGUCCCAGCUGCCACCUGGGCUCCUGCGGGUCUGCCCAGCUUCCCCGUCCCUUGUCCUGGCGGCCACAGGGCUACAGCUUAAGGGUGUCCCAGGCCUUGGCCUGUUGGCUAAGCCCACCUCCUGGGGGCUGGGCAGGGCUGGGCCCACUUCCAUUGUUAGCGAUUGUUUCCAGAAUUUUCUCUUACCAUUCCUUUUUUUUUUCCUUGCCCAGAGCGAGUAUUUUUAUUUUUAUUUUAGUUUUACAUGUGAUCGUGGAGGGUUCUUUUCUUUUUCUGCUCCCCGUUCCCCCAUGUGGGGUGUUAUUUCGUCAUCUCACAGUUGCGUCCCUGGCCCUUGUCCUCCCUGCCUCCAGUCUCCCUCCCCAUCGCUCCCAGUGGCCUCUCUAAAGAGGCAGGGCCCGACUGGACCCUCUGAAUCUGAUUUAGUGACCAUCCACCUGACCCUGCAGCCCCGCCAGCCUGCUGGGGGGUCCCUCCUAACAUCUGCUUGUUGCAGGGGGUCAGUCCGGGGUGUGGGUGUCUGGCUGGGGUCCUGGCUCUCUGCUGUCCUGGCCCGGCCCCAGCACCUUAACCCCCAGCCGCCUGCCCGAGUCUAGGGGGGGAGUCGACACCCCCAGCUAAAGCACAAGCACCUUAGUCGCCCCUCCCUUCCCCUGCCCUCCUGGCCUGACACCCCACCCCAGCGUUGAUCCCAAAGCACAAUAUCCUGGUCACUUGGCAAGCAGCUGGGCCCUGUGGGGGUCUGGGAGGCAGGCAGGGGUCUCCAGCCAGACCCCCAAAAGGAAGCAGGAGCUCCCAGGCGCUCCCCUCCUUCCAGGCCUUAGUUGGGGGGCAGCUCUCUGGGACCAGGGGUCUUCUCCCUCCCCAUCCCCUUGUCCUGGGCAGGCCCCCACCAGCCCCUCCCUGCCUCUUCCUCGGGUGGGGCUUGCCCCUGUCUCCUCCGAGGCCCUGUACCACUGGCUUGGGUGGCAGAGCCCACUUGUUUCAGGGACCCCAGGAGGCGCCCCUGGCUCCCGGGACUGUGUGUGUGGGUCUGGGGGUGGGGGAUGGGGAGCGGGGCCGGGCAGGGGGUGCAGGGGAGGAAACUCCUCACCAGGAGAGCCAAAGACAGGGUUGUGCCUUACCCCAGGAGCCCCCAACCCCCUCUCCCUCACCCUCGCCCUGCCGUUUCCCCAGCCCUGGGCGGCCUGCUGCUUUUCCCUCCUCUUCCUGCCCUGCCCGCUCUGAGCUGCAUGGUCCCCCAACCCUGGGCAGCCAGGAAGGAACAGGAAUAGGGAGUCAUCAAAAAAAAAGACUGGGGCCCUCCCCUCACCCCAUCCACCUCCACUCCCCUGGCCGCCCACUCACCCACGCCUCUUUCACGCGGGCCGGGCGCCCACCUUGUCCCCGUGAAGUGCCAACGCCCUCCCCGCCCCAGGCCGAGCCCCCACCCUCUCCCCAGCCCCCAAGAGAGAUUGCACAUUAACUACUGUAAGGAGAGGAGCGGUGUUGGCAAAUGUGAACCAUGCGGAUGUCAGUGAUACUGAUGAGAAUAAACUAAACGCCUUUGUAACA